AUGUCGACGCAACGCGCACUUUCUGUGACCCCAGAACCCAAGAAGCGCUCCCGCACCGUGCGUGCGUUUUUCUUCCUUGUCCGCGCCACGCUGUACCUAUUUGUCGGCCAGUUCGUCGGCUACAUUAUCGUCAGGCGAUACUAUGCGCCCAACGGCCCCGUCUACGAGCCCGAGUUUGAUAGCCUCGAGGACGAGCUCGCGGCCGAGCGCAUCGCCGAGUACCUCUUGGACCACCCCUUCGUCCAGAAGCUCAACGACGACCCCGACCUCAAACCCACCCACCCCCACUACAAGCUGCCGCACCUGUACCGCCACGGCAACCUGACGGCCGGCACGCUCGUCGGCCCCGACCUGAUGGCCGUCCCGCCGCUGACGUGGCAGGACGACCGCGGCGAGCGCCUCGUCAUGAUCAUGCACGUCGGCCGGGGGCUGUGCGGACACCCCAACAUUGUGCACGGCGGGUUCGUCGCCACCGUGCUCGACGAGUUCAUGGCGCGCUGCUGCUUCAAGGCGGUGCCGCACGGGAUUGCCAUGACGGCGCGGCUCAACAUUGACUACCGUGCACCGACCCUGGCGGGCACCUACGUGGUGCUGACGGCCGAGACGGUCGAGGUCGACCGGCGCAAGGCGGUGGUGCGGGGCCGGCUGCAGGUGCUGGGCGACCCGGCCGACCCCGACACAGAAACGGGGGCGCUGCUGGCCGAGGCGGAGGGCCUGUUUGUGAGCCCGCGGGAAGCCAAGGCCCUGUCGGCUGUGGCGAAGCUGGUGAACCGGUGA